UACACAGGAAGUAUUAGUUUGAAAAAGUUGAGACAACUUUGGUUCUUGAACACAGAAUUAUUUGUAUUUAUUUCUGUUUUGUGAUUGUUAUCACUCAUCUGAUAACCCUUACAAUCGGCAGUUUCUUGAGUUCCUGAAGUGUCAUUUAUCAUGAAGCUGGAGGUGCCAAACAGCUUUGAAGACGUUGCUGUUGAGUUUUCAAGUGAGGAGUGGAAGAUGCUGAGUGAACAGGACAAAGAGUUACACCGGGAUGUGAUGGUGCGGAACUAUGAGAACAUGAUUUCUUUAGGUUAUAACAUCCCAUUGCAUGAACUUUUGUUACUUAUUGAGAAAGAUGAAACAUUUCAAUCUGCUGAGACUGAAGGAAGAAAAACAUUGCGACCAGGGCAACUUCCUGGUAACAGAACCAGCAUCAGCAGGAAUGAAGAAUUCAGUGUCAUCCAGAGUCUGCAGUCAUCGUAUGGGAAACACAGGGAUGCAGAAUGUGUCAGAUCUCUGCCUGAUGACAUGCUUGUCACAAGGCAAGACCCAGUGAAGAUGGAAACCAGACAUAACUGUAGGCAAAGUAAUGAGGACUUUGUCAUGAAAAGUGAAUCAGAAAAGCAUCUGCAGACUGAAGCAGAGGAAAUGCCAUGCAGCUGGCUUAACCAUAGCAACACUGUAACAUUUUAUAGUAACAGUGUAACUGAUCAUCUAAGUGACGAUGGGGAAAGGCAAAAGAAUACCUCUCCAACACACAAACAAGCACUCAUUAGGCAGGAUUUGGACAAAGGUGUUAUGAAUGACAAAGGUUUUACAGGUAUAAAAAAUGUAACACUGCAGAAGGUCAUUCAUACUGGUCAGAAUCCCUUUAUCACAUUUGACAAAAGUUUUACACAGAAUAAUGACAUGGCAGUACUUCAGGGUGUCCAGGUUUCACAAAAGCAUCAUCAGAGUAUCCACACUAGCCUAAAACCCUUUAAAUGUACCACAUGUGACAAGAGUUUUGCAUACAAAGGCAGCAUGAUGAAUCAUCAGAUACACUGUGGGCAGAAGCCAUAUAAAUGUUCCAUGUGUGACAUGAGUUUUGUACAGAAGAAUCAAAUGCUGAGACAUCAGUAUACCCAUAGUGAGCAGAAACCAUAUAAAUGUACCAUGUGUGACAAGAGUUUUGUACAGAAGAGUCACAUGAUGAGGCAUCAGAAUAUCCAUAGUGGGCAGAAACCAUAUAAAUGUACCAUGUGUGACAAGAGUUAUGUACAGAAGAGUCACAUGGUACGUCAUCAGAAGAUGCAUACUGGUCAGAAACCAUAUAAAUGUACCAUGUGUGAUAGGAGUUUUGUACAGAAGUAUUGCAUGGUGAGACAUCAAUAUACUCACUGGGAGCAGAAACCAUAUAAAUGUACCAUGUGUGAAAAAAGUUUUAUACGGAAGAACAGACUGGCACUUCAUCAGAAGUUGCAUACAGGGCAGAAACCAUAUAAAUGCACCAUGUGUAACAAGAGUUUUUUACACAAAAAUAGCAUGGUGACUCAUCAGGGGUUGCACACUGGGCAGAAGCCAUAUAAGUGUACCAUGUGUGACAAGAGUUUUGUACAGAAGAGCCAACUGGCACAUCAUCAGAAGAUGCAUACAGGGCAGAAACCAUAUAAAUGUACCAUCUGUGACAAGAGUUUUGGAUACAAAAGCAAUGCAGUGACUCAUCAGCGGCUCCACACUGGACAGAAGCCAUAUAAAUGCACCAUGUGUGACAAGAGUUUUGCAUGCAAAAGCAAUAUGGUCAUUCAUCAGAGGCUCACAGUGGGCAGAAGCCAUAUAAAUGCACCAUGUGUGACAAGAGUUUUUCACAGAAAAGCAGUAUGGUCAUUCAUCAGAGGCUCCACAGUGGGCAGAAGCCAUAUAAAUGCACCAUAUGUGACGAGAGUUUUGUACGGAAGAAUUACUUGGUGAAACAUCACUACACUCACAUUGGGCAGAAGCCAUAUAAAUGUACAAUUUGUGACAAGAGUUUUUUAUAUAAGAAUUUAUUGGUGACACAUCAGUAUUCCCAUAGUGGGCAGAAGCCAUAUAAAUGCACCACUUGUGACAAGAGUUUUGCAUGGAAGUAUUGCUUGAUGAUACAUAACUAUACCCACAGUGGGCAGAAGCCAUAUAAAUGCACCAUCUGUGAUAAGAGUUUUGUACAGAAGAGUCGACUGAUAUACCAUCAGAACGUGCAUACUACAAAUAGGGGAGUCAUUACUGGGCACAUUGCGGGUGCUGUGAAGAGCACUUCUGGCUGACAUAAACGAUUGAAAUAA